AGAAUGGGAGAAAAACAGAAAAGACAACAAAAACUUUGGAAUGUUCCACGGAUUCCUUGCAUUCGGGUCCCUUCGGCUGCGUACACCCACAAUGCUUCCUUAAUGAAGGACCUGACCCAAGGGCAGCAACGCUACUUUUACAGCAUCAUGAGGAUUUACAAUUCCAGGCCCCAGUGGGAGGCCCUGCGGAACCGCUAUAUUCACAGCCUUCAGCACCAGCAGCUGCUUGGCUAUAUUACUCAACAGGAAGCCUUGGCUUGUGCCGCUGUACUUAGAGAUUCAACCAAGAGAGCCUCAGCUAAGGUGGCUCCUCAAAGAUCCAUCCCCCAGAAGCCUUCAACCAUGACAAGAACGUGGCUGCCAGCCCUACCUGGGUCUGUGGUUCGACCCAGGGCUCAAAGUGCAGGGCCUGGAUCCAUCAGGAAUUGAGACUUCGCACAAGCUCUGAAACAGGUAAUUUGCCCAUGUACCCCCAAAUCUAGUGGGUGCUAAGUGCAUAUUCCUUGUAUGAGAAUGAAAAAAAAUAACUUCUAACACACACCCUAUACCUAGAAAUAAUCUCUUUCCCACUCCCAUAAAUUCUACCAGCAAGAAUAAGUUGGGGGGUUUAAGAGCAAUGGAACUAAGUGUAAACAC